AUGCGUAUGUCCCUUGCUCUAGCUCUAGCUCUUUCCACGGGUGUUCUUGGUGCCCCGGCCCCGGCUGCAGAUACGAAACCAUCGGCCACAAAGGAUUCAUCCACUACUAUAUUCUCGUCCAAGUCUGCAGGACCUUCACCGACGACCGACUCAUUGUAUCCUAGCCCAACAGUCCCAUACGCUUCGGAAGAUCUGAACGAGUCAUACCUUGAUAAAUUUCAGAACGAAUUACCAGAGCCCAUUCGCGGAUCGAGAGGCGCAAACAUCCUUGGCCCUCAGAACGUCGAGCUCGAUCGUCAGAACCCUGACAUCCUCGCACCCCCAACUACAGAUAGCGGUUCGGUCGAGAACGUCAAAUGGCCAUUCAGUCUGUCACACAACCGUAUUCAGGAUGGCGGUUGGGCGCGUCAGCAGAACGUCCAUUCGAUGCCAAUCGCGACAACUAUAGCUGGUGUAAAUAUGCGUCUGAAAGCAGGAACGAUGCGACUGGGCAUCCCAUAUCCCCAAGGAAGUCUUGAGCCGGAACUUCAAGGUCAAUGCCUCAGCUUUGAUCACAUUCCUGACCGCGAGUUGUAUAUGAUCCCACUGCGGUACCGACGGGUACUCCCGAAGAAGAAGGGAUCAACGCCACGAAGUUCCGGGUGGAACAGUCAGGUCGUCGAUUCACGCACAUUCAAAGUCAGCAAGACUAUUGCACUUGCAGAGGUGACUGUUGAGGUUGGAGGAAUGCGUGAACUUCAUUGGCAUCCAACCCAACCCGAAUGUGAGGGAAAUGCCCGCAUCACUGUGUUUGCAGCUGAGGGUAACGCACGCACUUUCAAUUAUCAACCGGGAGAUAUCGGUUAUGUCCCGCCAUCAUUCGGGCACUAUGUUGAGAACAUUGGAAACACAACGCUCAAGCUCCUUGAAAUUUUCAACUCCGACAAGUAUGAAGACAUUUCACUGAAUCAAUGGCUGGCGCUCACACCGCCUGAUAUGGUCAAGGCUCACCUACAGCUGAGCGACGACACCAUUAGCAAACUGCAAAAGUAA